CUCUUGAAUAAUACCAUCAUCUUCAACAUCUCCGCUCAAAACCAGAGAAAUUUUCCCAAACAGAUAUGGUGUUCUUCUUCAUCAUCAUCGGCGGCGACUAUCAACUUAAUUGCUUCUGGUUCUUGCCAUUUCGAGACUCUCAAGCUUCUCGAGGCUGAUAAUUCAUCAACUGUAGUAAGUACAGCAAUGGAGGAAGAAGUUCUGCUGAAUGCAUUACAGAAACUAUAUUUUCUCCUGUUUAUCCUACAUGGCGAUGAAGAUGAAGAAGAAAAGGGAAAAAGAAAUUAACAGAAAAAGAAAUUUUUGAGUUGCACAAGCAACAAACUUUCUUUUCCAAUUUGGGAAUUUUUUUUUUGAUGGGAAUGAAGAAUCUCCCCUCACCCCACCCGUCUUCUUCCUCACACUGAAUAUUCACUAAACCCUUUUCUCUCUUCUUCAUUCUCUGGAUCUCUCUCCUUCCUUCAGCAGUUUUCCAGAAUCUAAUGACAUAUUUUACUCAAGUUCAUGUGGCCAAUAUAUUUGGCAUAUUUGGCAAUAUUAUAUCGUCUAUGGUGUUUCUUUCACCCGUCCCGACAUUUUACACUAUUUGGACUAACAAGUCCACGGCCGGGUUUCAAUCGGUUCCGUACGUCGUGGCACUUUUCAGUGCCACGCUGCUGCUGUAUUACGGGAUCUUGAAGAAACACGACGUGGUUCUUCUGAUCACAAUAAACAGUUUCGGUAUCCUUAUCGAAACUGUUUAUAUAUCAAUCUACCUAUAUUAUUCGACUACUAAGGUGCAAACCGUGAGGAUGUUAGUUCUCAUUCUGGUAGGAUUCGCAGCCAUAGUCAUUUCGUCCCAAUUCGCCAUCAAGGAUUAUUCGUCCCGGUUGCAGAUCGUGGGACGUAUAUGCCUAGUGUUUUCAGUCUGCGUAUUUGUCGCCCCACUUUUAGUUGUGAAACAAGUGAUUCAGACAAAGAAUUCCCAAUUUAUGCCGUUCUAUUUGUCACUUACGUUGACAAUAAAUGCCAUAAUUUGGUUUAUCUAUGGACUCCUCAUUAAUGACAUGAACAUAGCGAUUCCAAAUGUUCUUGGUCUGUUUUUUGGUGUUGUCCAGAUGAUCUUGUAUUGGAUUUACAGAAAUGGACCCCGACCCAACUUGCCGAUAGUGAACAACGACGUCAUCGAGGGAGAUGUUGAGAGAAAUGUCGAGGAGGAACUUGGACAAGCCUUAGAUGAAUAGGUUUUAAACAUAUUGCACAUAUUGCACUCUGUUUCUUUCUUCAUCUGUUCUUCAGAUCAGGUAAGCACCUGCUGGAUUUCAGUCUCCUUAUUGUGUUACAAUGUUACAGAUGGAUUGAAAUGAAGUU